CCGUAAAGCGUUUUGCCAGCUGAUUUGUCGAUACGCCUCAGCCGGGCCGAGCCGGGCUGGGGCAAAGGGGAUGCUGAUGAUGCAGGAACCCGGGCGGCGAGGCCGUUGAUCGAGAGAGAGAGAGAGAGGAGUUUCCCAAAUGCGCUGGGCCGCUCGGGCCGUACCGGGAGCCGACCGUAAACACACACGCGGAGAAGAGCGGAGCGUGAGGAACCAUGGCCUCGGUGAAGGUGGCGGUGAGACUGAGACCCAUGAACCUGAGGAGAUACUUCUUUAAGUUCUGGGACCAGCAGCUGAACAGAAACUGACAACAAUCAGGAUCAGAUUGGAUAGGUGGAUAAAGGAAAAGGUGUUGAAAGGAUAUGGCACCAAAAGAAAAGGAUUUGGAUGCCAAGUACAUCAUACACAUGGACGGAAACAAAACAACAAUCACAAACUUAAAGAUCCCAGAAGGAAAUUCAGGAGAUUCUGGACGUGAGCGGCUAAAGACAUUUACGUAUGACUAUUCUUACUGGUCUGCUGAUUACAGGAGUCCCAAAUUUGUAUCCCAGGAAAGGGUUUUCAAGGAUCUUGGCACUGAUGUCCUUGAAGCUGCCUUUGAAGGCUACAAUGCAUGCAUAUUUGCUUACGGCCAGACUGGAUCUGGCAAAUCAUAUACAAUGAUGGGAAACCCGGAUGAUGUAGGCCUGAUACCUCGAAUUUGUCAAGGGCUAUAUGACAGAAUUGCAGGGAAAUCUAGGUGGGAUGAAGCUUCAUUUCGCACAGAAGUAAGCUACCUGGAGAUUUAUAAUGAACGAGUACGGGAUCUGCUCAGGAGAAAGUCAACCAAAACGUACAAUUUAAGAGUAAGGGAACAUCCAAAGGAAGGUCCAUAUGUAGAGGAUUUAUCAAAACACUUGGUGCAGAAUUACAGCGAUGUGGAAGAACUCAUGGAAGCUGGAAACAUCAAUAGAACCACUGCUGCCACAGGGAUGAAUGAUGUCAGCAGUCGUUCCCAUGCCAUUUUCACCAUCAACUUCACUCAAGCCAAAUUCGAUGCUGAAAUGCCUUGUGAAACCAUUAGCAAGAUCCACUUGGUCGAUCUUGCAGGAAGUGAAAGAGCAGAUGCUACAGGUGCUACUGGUGUAAGAUUGAAAGAAGGAGGGAAUAUUAAUAAGUCUUUAGUCACACUGGGAAAUGUUAUUUCUGCUUUGGCUGACUUGUCUCAGGACAGGUCAAAUUCUCAAGCAAAGAAGAAACAAGUGUUUGUGCCUUACAGAGACUCCGUUUUGACUUGGCUAUUGAAAGACAGCCUUGGUGGAAACUCAAAAACCAUUAUGAUUGCCACCAUUUCACCAGCAGAUGUCAAUUAUGGGGAAACAUUGAGUACACUUCGCUAUGCAAACAGGGCCAAAAACAUCAUCAACAAACCUACCAUUAAUGAAGAUUCUAAUGUCAAACUCAUUCGUGAGCUCCGUGCUGAAAUAGCACGACUGAAGGCUUUACUUGCACAGGGGAAUCAGAUUGCGUUAUUGGAUUCUCCGACAGCUUUAAGUAUGGAGGAGAAGCUUCAACAAAAUGAAGCUAGAGUAGAGGAACUGACCAAAGAAUGGACGAAUAAAUGGAAUGAAACACAAAAUAUCCUUAAGGAAGAAACAUUAGCUCUUCGAAAAGAAGGAAUCGGUGUGGUUUUGGACUCCGAGUUACCUCAUUUGAUUGGUAUUGAUGAUGACUUGCUUAGUACAGGAAUUAUUUUGUACCAUCUUAAGGAGGGCAAGACCUAUGUUGGACGUGAAGAUGCCACUACUGAGCAAGACAUAGUUCUCCAUGGCCUUGACCUAGAAAGUGAACAUUGUAUCUUUGAAAACCUCAAUAAUAAAGUAACCGUAAUACCAUUGAAUGGUGCACAAUGCUCAGUCAAUGGAAAUCACAUUGAAGAAGCUACUCAACUAAACCAAGGAGCUGUCAUACUCCUGGGGAGAACCAACAUGUUCAGGUUUAAUCAUCCAAAGGAAGCUGCUAAACUCAGGGAAAAAAGGAAGAGUGGACUGCUGUCUACUUUCAGUUUGUCUAUGACAGACCUUUCUAAAUCCUGUGAAAGUCUUUCAGCCGUCAUGCUUUACAAUCCAGGACUUGAGUUUGAGAGACAACAGCGAGAGGAAUUAGAAAAGCUAGAAAACAAGAGGAGACUAAUAGAAGAAAUGGAAGAAAAACAGCAAUCAGAGAAGUCUGAACUAGAGAGGUUACAGCAGGAAGUAGAGACACAACGCAAAGAGACUGAAAUUGUGAAACUUCGUAUCAGGAAACAAGAAGAAAGCCUGAAACGUCGAAACUUGGACAUUGAAAGCAGGCUUAAAGACUUGAUGGCUGAGAAAGAGAAGUUUGAGGAAGAGCGGCAAAGGGAGCAAGAAGAAAUUGAACUGCAAAAGAAAAAGCAAGAAGAAGAAAUUUACAUACGGGUUCAGAAAGAAUUACAGAAAUUGCAGGAGCUUCAUGAGCAAGAGAAAGCGGGUAAACUGGAAAUUCUCAGAGAACUGGAGAAACUGAAAAGAGAAAAGGAUGAGCGUAGCCUAAAACUAGAACUGGAAAAGAGAAGGCUAGAAGAAGAAGCAAAACAUCAACUGAUUCUUGUAACACGUCUGGGAGAACAGCUCAGAGAAAAACAGGAAACUAUCCAACUGCUCAAACAAGGUGAUGUGCAGAGCAUAGAUGAAGAGAAAAAUACCCUUGAGGAAAUUAGGGAAGUUCUUCUCAAAGCCAAAGAAGCUAGGCCUGCCGGAGGUGAGGAAGUUAGAUCUACCGGAGAUGAAGAGGCUAGACCUGAUGGAGGUGAGGAACCUGAAGAUGUCCAAAGAGCAAAGCAAAGAUACAUGGAUCUGAAAAGAAUACAAUUGGAAAAGUUCACCACUUUGGAACAAAAUGUCUCCUAUCAAAAAGAGCUUCUGGAAAAGGAAAUUGCUCUUGACCGUGAAGUUCUUGACCAGCUAAGGUAUACACAUCAGGAAUCCGUGAAUGGCUGUCAAAAGGAGGGUGAAAGUAUUGCUUUAGAUUCAGUCAAGUUGUUUGAAGCAGUGGAGAAACAGAAAGAGGUUGAGCAAAGGAUGCUGAACAAAGAACGGCAGCUAGAUUAUUUGAUGGGAAACCAUUUGCCAACACUGUCAGAGGAAAAGCAAAGAGCUGCAGAAAUUCUCGACCGAGGCCUGCCUAGUUUGGAUGUUGUACUUUAUGAGACAGAAAAAGAAAUUGAAGAAAAAAAGGAGCAGCUAGCACAGUACAGAGCUAGCAACGAUCAACUUCAACAACUCCAACAAACGUAUGAAUUUACUGCUAAUAUAGCUCGACAGGAGGAAAAGGUUCGAAUGAUUGAAAAAGAGAUUAUUGAAUCAAGAGAAAAACAACAGAGAGAGGCAUUGGAGCAAGCUGUAGCGAAAAUAGAAAAGAGGCAUUCUGCUCUUCAGCGUCAUUCUGCCAUUGACUUAGAGAUUGAGGAGCAGAGACAAAAACUAGCAACAUUAAAUGACUGUGAAGAAGCAGAUCUUCGCAAUAGUCUAGAGGCGGAGCAGAAAGCCCUGGAACAAGACCGAGAAAGGCUAGAGCAAGAAAUUCAGCAACUGAAGCAGAAGAUUUGUGAAAAUAAUGUGGCUCUAAGGAUCUGUGGAACUGUCGAAGAAAAAUCAUCCCAUGCCAGUGGUCCGGCCAGCCCUAUAAGAUCUUCAGCAACUACGACUCCAGUAGCUGAUGAUAGGAUAAAUGCAUUUAUUGAAGAGGAAGUUCAGCGACGACUAGCAGAAAAAGCAAAAAUACAAAAUAGGCAUGAAAUAAAUGAUAUACUUGACCUCUCCCUGUCCACAGAGCAGGAAAACGGAAAUCUUCAGAAUAGCGUGAACCAGCGCAAACUGAAGUAUAAGCGCUUAUUCUCUCGAAUGCUGGAGACUGAUCCAGACAGCCUGAAGGAUCCUAUUAAAAUUAGUAUUCCCCGUUAUGUCUUGCGCGGACAAGGAAAAGAUGAACACUAUGAGUAUGAAGUGAAGGUAACCAUCCUGGAGGACACUUGGACAGUGUUUCGACGAUACAGUCGUUUCAGAGAACUGCACAAAAUAAUGAAGGUGAAAUACCCAGAGAUUGGCGGCCUAGAAUUCCCUCCAAAAAAGUUGUUUGGUAACCGGGAUGAAAGAGUGAUCGCUGAGAGGCGAUCCCACUUAGAGAGAUACCUCAGGAACUUCCUCACUCUGAUGCUAAAGUCUCCAACUUCACCAAUAAACCCACACAACAAGGAUUUUACACUAUCAAAGCAUACUCUGUGUGAGUUUACACCCUUCUUCAGGAAAGGAGUUUUUGACUUCAGCAGUCAUGGGACUGGGUAAUGGUAUAAGACAACUGGAAGAUUUACUCCAUUUUUUAUUUAAAUGUAUCAGGACCAAACGCAGUGCCUUCUCACCAUCAGACUAGAUUUUCUAAACAAACAAGCAGAUUAUCUAGCAUCCAGCAGUCUUAUUAUGAAAAAUAUCAAAAGUUUCUUCUGUUUACAUUUUAAAAUAAAGCACCAUCAUAUGCUGUGUAAAAAUAGCAUAUGUACAGUUAAUAAGUCUGUCUAGUGCUAAAAAUGAUUUAUUCAAUGGACUACAGUGGAAGAAAAACUCUCCAACAACUAGAGGCAAAAGCUCACAUUGCACCAGUCCAGCAGGGAAUGACUGAUAAUUGCAAUGCUUCAUGCCACAAGCCAAACUGUGUUGAUCUAGGGUAGUAACAAUCGUUAAAAAUACCAAAUGAUGCAUUUCUUUUUCCGUAGUUAUCACCAAAACUAUUCCAGUGUGAACCAUUAGCUGAAUUGCUCCAGUCACCACUAAGUCCCUAACCAUUAUAAAGGUAUGAAGAGUCCAGCUUUAAAAGUAACCUUUUUGGAAAUACAUGGACUUUAAUCAUGGACUUUACGUCUUUAGUUUUACUGAGAUGCUUUUGGCCAAAAAAAUGGAACAAAUGCUUUUGAAAGAUGUUUAACUAAUCACAGGCCCAUUUGAUAACUGCUCUACUCAUCUAAUAAAAGUAUAUUUAACAAGUACAGUAAUAUCUGUGCCUACUUAUAGUGGCCCAAUGGUGUAUAAUUGUUUAAACUGAUGUGGAUCCCACAAUGUUGCUUUCACUGUCUGAUCCUCAAAAUGUUGCAAAGUUUAAGUUGAACUAAGUUAGCGACUCACCUUGAUUUUGAAGUGGCCUGUUAUGGGCAGCAAUGGCCACCUAACUGUUGUAGAAAUCAUUUCCCUAUAUGGGCCAUUUAUGGCUAUAACAGGUUACUGCUCGAAAUGUGUAGAAUGUCUUUUAGGAAAUCACACUGGGGAACAUUUUGAAUCAAUGCCACAAAAUAUUUUGUUAUUACCCAUGAAUAGAUAUCUCAAGCUUUCCAGCAUUUUUAAUUGAUUCUGGUUUAAAGUUAAUUGUACGUUUAAAAGAAUGCUUCCUUCCUUAAAAUCACUUGGCCUUCCGAAAUUUAAGUGAGAGUUUGAGUUGUUGAUGGGCUGUGUAAAACCUUUGGAAUGGAGUUUCAUCUCUGGCAUUGGCACAGAAUGGACCUCAUCAGAUCAGCUGACUGCUUUACUCAGCACCAGAUAUUCGUUCCACUGCAGACAGUGAAACUAAAUAUCAGACACUGCAUAUAACAGGCAGCUGAUCUGAUGCUCCCUACCCCAGUCUGCACCACCACCUAAGACAAAUCCCUAACAUUUUGCAGACAAGUAAAAAUAAGUGGAACAAAUAUUUUUUUUAAAAACUUGUUCAUUUCACUGACACAGUGUUGUUUUAAGAAACAAUCCAUUCCUACUGAUUUAGUAAACAAGCUUACAUAAUGGGAUAACAUUAUAAUAGGCACUUAUUGUAAAAGCUGGGUUUUCAACUAAAACUUUGUAGCUCCAGGAAUUGUACAAAUGCACAUGUUUCAUGUCCCAGUUGAAUUGUAUUGUGCUGUUCACAUCACCGGGCUCUAACUUCCUUUGCAGUAGCAAAAGCAGAGCUCAGUAUUGCAACCAGAAAUUUAAAUCGAGUUGUGUCAGCAAUGCAGCAGAAUACUUGACUUGUGGAUCUGUUUCUUAAUUUGUGUGAAGGCAAAAUUGGGGAGCACACCAGGGAGUGAGAUGUCGGAAUUCUUGGCUUGUUUCCACUUUCAAUAUUUAAAAUGCAGGACUUGCCACGCUGUGGUAAUGAUUUAUACUCUGCACAGUCAACAACAACAACUUGCAUUUAUAUAGCACCUUUAAUGUAGUAAAACAUACCAAGCUGCUUGACGCUUGACCUGGUGACCCUUUGAUCACUUGCUGAGACUGUUGACUUGAGUGGGGUGCAACUAUAAGACUCCAUUCAUCCUACUGGGUUAACUAUGUCUGAGAAGUUACAGAGAUUCUAAGCUGACUACUACAUCAAGGCAAGCAUGAACAGAAGUGAGUUGUUAAGAAGUACAGGAAAAAUGAGAGAGGUAAUAACAUUAUACAAUUUUGUACAAAGUAUCAUCUUUAUAUGUUAAUGUUUAGUAUAAUUAAGAAGCAGUCAGAAUUGGUGUCAUUUUAGUGUGCAGAAUCACCCAUUCAUUGCAGACUGAAGUUCCAUUGGGCAUCCCUAUUAUUGUUACUGCUUAGUUUUUGUAUCAUUGAUCAAUUAACAUUGUCAGGUAUUUUGAGGUAGCCUUUCAAUAAAAGUGAUAAUCACAUCCUCAACUAAUUAAUUAUUCAGAAAUGUUAUUGAUGGACUUCUGAAAAUAAUUCCUUGAAGUAAAAUAGUUUUUAAUGGUUUUUUUGUACCAUUUCUAAAUGCUGAACUAUUUGCUGGUGAUGUUUAUUUAGCAAAAGCACUGCCACAAUCAAUGCAUAUUAUUGCAGACAUUUGGGGAAAUCACACCAAAGUUUUAAACCGAUUGGUGACAAUGCUUACUUAAUUGCUAUAGUCUACAGUAUAUUGAAGAAUGUUGCUGUGCUGAUCAUAAUUUCUCUCCUUGAUGUACCAUUCAAAUUUUAGUUUACCGCUUGAAGUUAAAUAUGUGUACAUAGUUAUCUUGCAGUUUAAAUAUAUUUGUUUAAUUAAAAACCAUAUUUGCUUCUUUGGCUUUCCAUAAUGGCCUAUGCUUUUUAAUUAUUCAAAGGUUUACAGGUUGUCAUCUCAGUUCAUUAAUCUUCCAUACAAUUAGAAAAUGAUGAAUUAUUCUGAUGUGGAAUAGCAUUCGUAGCUACUUGGUAAAGAACAAAAUGUUGGUUGAGUUGGUGAACCAAAAUUGGUAUGUGGUGACUGGGACACAAUUCAUAAUUCGUUAACAUGUUCUGAAGCCACAAUUUCACAUGGAAUAAAUUACUUUGAAGCGCAGCCCCUGUUGUUUGGAAAACUUGGAUAUCAUUUGUCCAAGAUGGAUUUUAUAGGCUAAAAUUUGAGCUGUAUGUACUGUGCAAUAAAAGUUAAUCCCACCCACACCAAAGGCACCUUAAACUAUUGUCCCAUGAAGAUCAGUUAAAUAGGAAUAGUAUCCCAUGACUUCCAUUAAUUUUUCUGGUAACUUGAUUGCAAAGAGAUGGUGGAAACAAUCCAGAAAUGUUGUAGUGUGUGCUUUUUCACCACGUUAUGGAUGCAAAACUUCUACUGUAUGGAGUUUGUAAUUUCUGUUGUAUAGUCUAUUAGUGAAUAAUGAUCAUUACUACUUUUGAGUAGUUUUCAUGUGAAUGGAGCUACACUGAACAGCUUAUGGUUCACAAGUUUUACGUUUAUAAUGUAGUUGGUGACAAUCAUAAAGUUCUUUAAACCGGUUAUAGUCCUGAUUGUAGGCUGGUUCUAAUACAUGUACUUACCUACUAGGUAGACUGUUAAGUAACAAGGAAACAAUAUAAAUAUUGUACAUGGAAAUAUGAGUAAAGUUUUUUAAAGUAUUUUUUUUAGUAAAUAUUUGAAUUUAUUGAGGGCCCUGUAAUUACCAAGAUGAUCUAUUUGUAAACUGUGUAUAUAAGCAUAAAUAAUGCAAAUCUCAGCCUGAUUCUGCACCUAAUUGUAUAAUCAUUUAUAAUUUAUAACUGCGGUGAAUGCACUUUCUGUGUGUUUUUAUAGUAUUUAAAACUGCUAUUUGUAAACCCACUGACCUCAAAUAAAAUGUUAAGCUGAA